UUUAGCUUUUCCUUAUCUUUCUUACUGCUAAUGCUUCCCCAGCUCCUCAAGCUCCUUCUCAUCCUAUUUUGUACUUUUUUUGUAAGUAAAUGUUUCAUCCCCCUUUGGAUUGUAAACUCCUCCAGGUCAGGGGUUUCACUUUUGGCUUUGUGUCUCUAGCGCCUAGCCAAGUGCCUGGCACAUAAUAGGUGCUUAAUAAAUGCUUGUUGAUUGGAAGCUUUUCCAACAUGACCGGACUAGUCAGAGCUUAUACUGUCGGCCUUCAAGGCCCCAGGAGUUACUGCCAUAAUGAAAAAUUGGAAGCCUUUAGUGUACUGCUUCUCCAACUAUUCGUUCCUUUUGAGUUUCUGAAUUGCUGAAAGGUAAGGUUCCUUUCUGCCCACAACGCAGAGAGAGGUCUGAGGUCUAGAAUUUAGCUAUUUUACUGGCUUGUUUGUUGUUUGAGUAAGGAAACAGGUCUGGAGACUUGAGAAUUUUUUUUAAUCCCUCUUUCCCAUUAAUUUUAUUUUUAAAAAUGAUAGUAUUUUUAUUUAAAGUUUUGAGUUCCAAAUUCUAGCCCUCCCUCCCCUGAGGUGGUAAGCAAUCAGAUAUAGGUACAUGUGAAACGAGAAAUUUUAAUGAUUUAUCACUCACCAGCCCCGUAUCACAGACCACUGGAUUUUUUCUUCCAUGUGAGCUUCCUCUUUUGUAAAAAUGUGAUUCCCUUUGCCCUACCGACCUCACAGGGUUCUUAUUAGGACAAAAUGAUUUACUGUUUUGCAAAGUAAAAAAGCAUUACUUAAAUUUAAAAUAACACUACUGUUUGGGUAGAUCAUAGAACUAUGGGGUUUUUGCACCCUAAAUGAGAUUAGCAUCGCAGCAAGGACUGGAGUAGUACGCGCCUUCUUAUGACAUGAAGACUUAGUCCGGCCUACAACCAGAAGUUGUUCUUUAUCUCCGCCCAAAGUGAGGAAGGACUGGGCUCAAAAUUCCUCGCCAGAUGAUGCAGAGAAGUAGACUACUCUUUCACCCUUUUAGGGGCGCGCUUCUACUUUACUUCAAAUCCUACAGCUGUGCUCCCCUGGCCCAAUCAGCAGGGAUCGCGGGCUGCCCCUCCUCUUUCCCGACGCCAGCCAAUCUGGAGCCUUUUUGGUGGGCUCGGCGGUACCGCCUGGGCGGAAAGGGCGGGCCUCGUAAUCAAAGAAUGCGGUGGUAAAGUCGCGAAGCAGCUUUGUGCGCAUGCGCACAGUGACCCGGUUCCCUUUUCCCUUCAUCGGCUCUCUAAUCCUUCUGCCGCAACCGAACACAAUACGAGGGUGAGGCGAAGAACUCCGUCGCCUCUGGGCUCUGCUUGGCUUCCCUUCCACUCCUCGCUCCACGUCGCUGCCGCUGGUUCGGGUAGAGAAGAGGUUUUCUGCGGUAAGAAUGAGGUCCCAUUCUAAGGAGUCCUACGGGUGACACCUGUGGCUAUCUUGACACAUUUCCUUUUGCUAGGAGCAUUUUGAGGUCAUCUUGCUGGUGGCAUUUUUUAAAAAUCCACUUUUACCAAUUUCAAUUUGUGUGGCAGGAUUUAAGUGUGAUGGAAAACUUUCGACGCAUAGCUGAUGAGUCAUUUCCAAGCGGUUUAACUAAUUCAUUGAUCAGUAACAACAGCGGGAUUUUGGAAAAUGUCAGCAUUUCUUCAAAUCUUGGCCUACCUAUUGCUGUUUCAACAGUUGAUAGAAAAAGAUAUUGUUAUGAUGAUAGGCCAGAUGUCAGUAGAUUUACUGGAAAUCAACGCAUGUCAGAUAUUUUCACAAAAGACCUGUCUCACCAGCAUGAGAAUAUUGACAGAUUGCCAACUGAGAGUAUCAGAGCUGCAAAUUCCAUUCAAGGCAAAGAUAUUUUUGAAAGAAUGUCACCACUGGAUCAGGUGAAAGAUUUAUCCAUUGAUGGGCGUUUUCCCCCAUAUUUGAGAAGCAGCGAAAACGAGAUUGACCCCCGAAGGCCAUUAUUUGAAGAAGAAAGAAGCCUUUUAAUAAAUGAGAAGUUAAUAUCAUUUAGAAGCUUGGGAGACUCUUCUGAUGAAGACAUUGAUGAUGAAGAGUUUUAUGAUGAUCAUUUGGAAGCAUAUUUUCAACAGUUAGCAUUCCCAGAAAUGCUAAAAGAAGAUCAAGAAGAACAGGAACUUCUAGAAUCUAGCCCAUCUCUUAGGAUAUCAAAUGAUCAUUCCACCCAGGUAAAUGAAAAUAAUAGACCAAGUUAUAGACCCAAAUCAGAAGAUAGCAUCUCUGUGUAUUCUCUUGGAACACAAAUUGUUAUGAAAUCUGAACUUAACUCCAGACAGUGUGAAGAGAGUUCUGUUAAUCCACUUGUCUCUGAGAUUGAAGGCUGUAUUGAAGAAGAUAAAAGAAAUACAGAUGAUGUGCCAUUGUUUCCUUCUAAUAUAUGGGGAAUUGAAAAAAAUAGACCAAGAGAAGAAAAUGAUACUUCAGUAUAUAAUUCUUCAGUGGAUAAUGUUCCAUAUUGUGAGGACAAAAAUAUGAAUCAAGGUAAUUUUGAUCUUCACCCCUUAAAAUUGGGGGUACAGUCUGCUUAUGAAAAUAAGGCUGUAUCAUCAGAGUCUGAAGCUCUGUUGCACUUAGCUGAUGGAUCCUUAGAUGAUGAUAUAACUUCUAAAAUAUCCAUUCAAAAAAAUGUGAAUACAAAUUCUAAGGAGCUUCUUGAAAACGGGUUUAGUCCAGUUGAUGCUUACUGGUCACCUACUACAGAAAGGAGAAUUUGCGAGAAUUGGAACUCCAGUGAUAAGAAUAAAAAAGAAGGUGCUUCACCACAUAGUGUGGUCUAUCAAAAUGAAGAAGGUAAAUGGGUGACUGACCUUGCCUAUUAUACUUCCUUUGAUGAAGAACGAGAUUUAAAUCUUUGUAGAGAUAAUGAAGUAAAUGAAGAAUUCAGAACUGGAUCUGAAGCAGUGGCUUUGAUUGCUCAAGAUGAAGAAGAAUUUGAAAGAGAACACAGAUUUAUGCAGGAAGAGAAAAUAGAUCUUCAGAGCACUUCAGGUGCCCUAAGGGAUACAUCAUGGAGUCCAUCUGUUAAUUAUAAUAUAUUGAGGAGAUCAGUAACGACAUCUGAUAUGGCUGGUGAUGAUGCCAGUUAUUUGCGGCUUUCUUUAGGGGAGUUCUUUGGUCAGAGAUCUGAAGCACUUGGCUGCCUUGGAGGGGAUAUUAAUGUGAGAAGGCCAUCGUUUGGUUACUUUAUUACAUCUCCAGAAAAAAGAGAACCUGUAGCUCUAUUGAGGGAAUCUGAUGUGUCAGCAGACAAUUUAGAGCAAGAUCAAGAGCAGCAUGUUCUUUUUUCAGAAGAUAUAAAAGAAAAAUCCAGGGAGCCAGUAUGUGAUGGAUCAGCUACAUUUAACACUGAUGAUUUGGAGACCACUUUACAAAUAGAUGAAAAUGAUAGUAUUUUUAAAGGAAGAGCAGAGGACACUUUGGUCAACACAAGCAACAAUGAAAGACAUGAAGACAUGAUUCCUGAUUCUACUGAUACUAUACUCCAUAUAAGUACCAUUGCUUCAGCUAUUGCUAAUGCUUCAGUGAGUGCUGAUCCUUCCCAGUUAGCUGCUAUGAUAAUGGCACUUUCAAAUAAAAGCAAACAGAAGAUUUUUCUAGAAGCUAGUAAUAAAGAGAGGGACUUUUCUUUUGUGAAUCAAAUGUUACCUAGUCAUUUAGAAAGUAAUGGAACCAAUACAUUUGAUAUGGAGAAAUACCUCAAAAAAACAGAAGUUAGUAGAUGUGAAGGCAAUUCUGAUAACUUUUUGAAAACUGGGUUAUCUGGUAUCUGGGAUUUGUCCUUAUCCAAUAAACAAACCAUGCAAGAUUUUCUUGAAGUAGAUUUACACACUGACAGUGUAAAUGUAAGGGAACCAAAAGAAAGUCCACAUGUUAUUUUUAAUAAAGAAACAGAAAUAGAAAGUCAGGAGUCAUUUGGUACAUCUAAUUUAAGUGAAAAUAUUGAAAAACACUGGGGUAACAAACAGUGUGUAGAAAACGCUCCUGAUAAAAUGAUUGCUAAACAUUUAUUACCCAAACAAAUCUUGGCAAUUGGGAGAAGUAAUAUAAGAGAAUCCUUAAUGGAUGAUACUACAGAAAGUGAAAGGCCACUCAAAGCUCAGUCUUCUUCAUUAAAGCAGAUUGCAAACAAAACUAUGAGCCCUCUAAAUUCACUUCUUGCUAGUGGGGAUAGAGAGACAGUUGAUAAAAUGAUUUCCAAAAUACCAGAUGUUGGUAGAGGUGAAAAACCUGAAUUGAUCAGCACUCCAAAGCCUAGUAGUUGUUUGCCAAUGAGAAAUUCUACCACAACAUCGAACUGGACAUCUGUAGAAUGUAAAGAAAUACAUGAUAGAGAAAUCCAGAGGCAAAACAAGGACAAUUGUGAGCCACACAGCAAUGACAAACAUAUGACCUUUGAACAAUCGCCUGAAUUUUGCCUCCAAAAUGUUGGAACAAACCAUUGUUUAACAAAUUUGAAAAACACCUCUCCUGAACGGGAUGCGCAGUGUUUAGAAGAUGAACGAUUUAGCUUUAGACCUUCAACUUCACCACUGAUUCAUUCUUCUCCUAGUGAAGUUUCAGAAACACCUAUGUCAGUAACUGAAUCAAAUUUUCUUAGCUCAUCAAGUCAUCUUCAGAGACCUUGUGAUGAUAGUAUAUUACCUCAGUCUGUAUGUUCAAGUCCUAGUAUAGCUCGGUUAACUUACAUCUCUGUCCGUGAUGGCACCUUUCCUUCUACAGUUGUUGGUGAUAUUUCUGGGAACAGUCAGAGUGAUGCUCCUGGUGAACUGAGCACAACAAUUAUUCGAGCCAGUCCAACUCCUUUGGAAGUGCAGGCUGUGGAAAAUAUAAAAGAGAAGACUCCAUUACAAAGCAGUGAUAAAGUCUCAAGUGUUAAUUCAAGCAGCUUGGAUAAGAACAGAGAAACAGAUCAGCCUGAUACUUCUGGUGGCAUAACUGAAGAUGUACUAUCAAACUCUAAAGUUUCUGAGCACUCUUCUCUUAGAAGUGCCCAGCGGUUCCCUCCUAAUGAAUUGAGCCAAGGAAUUGGGCCUUUACCAAGCAAAUCUUGUCUCUUCCAUCCACCUUUGUCAACUAAGGUAGAUACACCUGUGUCUUGCCAGGACUGUGUGACCCAAAGUCAAGAAUUAACCUCUACAAAUAUGUUACCACCAUACAGUGGUUUAAGCAGCCACAUUCCAUUACCUCAGAAUACUUCAGGUGAUCAAUAUGUGACAGUUCCCAGCUUUAACUCUCAGGGACCUACUUCUGAAAUGCCGGCUUUGUCUGGUACAGUUCCCACACUCCUUAAUAGGAAUUCUCUUACAACAACAUUUAAUCAACAGCAGUAUUUGGGAACUGUAUCAACAGGAAAUGUUGCUUUGCCUCGAUAUCACAUUGGCAGUUCAACAGUUUGUGGCCAUUCUGGAGGAUAUCCUUGUACUGCCAUUCCAGGAGAACACAUUCAGAAUUCUGUUGCAGUAGGAAUGUGUCUAGGACGUAAUGUUGGUUCUGGAUUAUUGGGUCCUACUUCCCUUUGUAGUGCUCAUUCUAAUACAGUACAUCAGAAUCUUUUAAGUACUGCAAAACCAUUUUCUGGGCCUCCCAUUGGAACUUAUGGAAUUGAACCAUGGGACUCACAAAUUGCAUCGGCAUUUGGUAAUGUCAGAGUGCCUGAAGAAUUGAAGUUUCCUCAUGCAUGUUGUGUGGGCAUUGCUUCUCAAACCAAUCUUAGUAUUUUUAAUCCAACUGAUCGUUGGUUACAGGUCACCAUUGGAAUACUUAGCAUAACUGUUGAUGGUGAAAAGGUAGAUCUCUCAACAUACCAUUGUUUGGUUUUCAAGAAUAAAACUGUUAUAGGACCACAUACUACAGAAGAGAUAAAAGUGCUUUUCGUGCCAACUCACUCUGGGAUUUUCAGAUGUGUGUUAAGAGUUUCUUCCUGGCCUGUUUCAUCAGAUCCAGAUACAAUAGCCCAGGCAGAAGCUUUAGCAAGUAGGGUUGUUUUAACAGCUAUUGCUGAAAAUCCUGUUGUGGAGGUGGAAACCAUCAAGACAGACUUACUUGAUUUUGGAGAUCUAACUUACGGAAGUUGGAAAGUUCUUCCAUUAAAAUUGAUAAAUAAGACUCAUGCUGUUAUUCCAAUUAGGCUCAUCAUCAAUGCGAAUGCUAUAGCUUGGCGUUGCUUUACAUUUUCUAAGGAACCAUUUAAUGCUUCUUUAGAAACUGCUCUUCAAAGUGAUGUAAUUGCUCAGCUCACAGCUCCUUCUGUUAUAAACCAUGUGAUGUAUGCCAGUCGUGAUGGACAUGAUCCGGAAUUUCUGAAGAUCUGGGUUAUUUUCCAUGGUCCAAAACAACAGAUCUCUGCUUCAGGGAACCUGGGCCCAGCAGAAGAAUUUUUGGCAAGAAUUGAUGUGGAAGUUGAUAGCCCAAGCCCUACUACUGUUAUUAAAAGUGUUGCUCUUCGAGCAAGAGUAGGAAUAGCUAGGAUACAUGCUCCAAAAGACUUGCAGAGUAUGCAUUUGUUUGCCAGUGUGGGUUCAUCAACAAAGCAAUUUUUGCCUUUGAAAAAUGCUGGAAAUAUUGGUGUCUACUUAAAUAUUAAGAUUUCAGAUCAAUUCAAUCACUUUUCUGUAAACCCAGAGAAUCUCUUUCUUAAACCUGAAGAGGAACAAGAAGUUGCAGUUUCAUUUACUCCGAAGGAUUUCAAAAUUUAUGAAGAAAGCCUCUUGAAAAUACUAGUGCAGCCAUCUGGGCCUCAGUAUGAAGUAGUGUUGAAAGGUGAAGUAAAUUCUUUAGGAAAUAAGUAUCCAACACCCGCACCUUCAUCUCACUACUCAGAUGUUCCACCUAUUUUAUCUAACAAGCAGUUCAUGACAUGGGGAGGUGUCUCACUUGGAAGAACACAUCUUCAGAAACUAGUACUCAGAAAUAACUCUUCAUCUACAACUCAGCAUUUACGUCUGCUGAUAAGAGGACAGGAUCAAGAUUGCUUUCAGCUUCGGAAUACUUUUGGUUUAGAAGAACGGCUAACAAGUAAUUGUGAAAUCAGAAUUCGUCCAAAAGAGGACAUUAACAUCUUCAUGUUGUUUGCACCAACCCGAAUAUCUUGCAUGCUGGCUAAACUUGAAAUUAAACAACUAGAAAUUCGAUCACAACCAGGCAUUAAAUUCAAUAUACCAUUGUCUGGCUAUGGAGGAACAAGUAAUCUUAUUUUGGAAGAUGUUAAAAAACUCUCAGAUAGUUACAUGGUAACAGUAAAUGGUCUAAUACCUGGAAAAGGAAGUAGAAUUGUUUUCUCUGUGAGAAAUACAGGUUCUCGAGCAGCCUAUGUUAAAGCAGUAUGUUUUAAGGACUCCCAAGCAAAAGUUGUUUUGGAUCCUCAAGUGAUGAGAAUUUUGCCAGAUAAAUUUGUACUCAAGGAAAGAGCACAAGAGAUGAUCACUUUAAUAUAUAAUCCAACUGAAAAGGAGAAAAAUUGUCAAACUACAGCAUCGCUAUUGUCAACAGUAUACUUCUUUGGUGGAGAUGAAAUAUCAAGACAGCAAUAUCGAAGAGCUUUGUUACGUAAGCCAGAAGUGGUGGAACAAAUACUUCCAGAACAUAGCUUCCUGAGGAACAUUUGUUUUGAUGAAGCAUUUCAAGAAGAACAGCUCAUAACUGAAGUGUAUGAUCUUCCUGACCGGCCAAAUGACGUCCAGUUAUUUUAUGGAAGCAUGCAUAAAAUGAUUCUUUCUGUAAUUGGUGACUUUACUGAUACAAGUUCUAAUCUUGGUUCUCUUCAGAAUUGUUUACAACACAACUUAACCACCGAUAGUGAAUCCAGAAAUUCUGAGAGACAUAUCAACAAUGUUUCUUUGGAUGUUCUUCCAGUUAAAGGACCCCAAGGUUCUCCCCUUCCUUUACAAGCUGCUGAACCAGGUCAAAAUAAAUUAAUUUCUCAACAAGCAUGGACUGUUCAACCAGAGCACUUAAUUCUGAAAGCUCUUUCUGUUUGUGGCAUGACAAAAACUGGACAGUUACAUAUUUUAAAUAAUUCUGUUAGGUCGCUGAAAUUUGAACUCUCUUGGCCAGCUCAUUGUCUUACAAUAACACCGCAGCAUGGAGUUAUUGACCCAGAGAGUAGAGUACUAAUUCUUGUAAGUCCUAAUUCAUCACUUGCCACAAAACCCUCAGCAUUUCCUUGGAGUGGUCUGAUCUAUAUACAUUGUGACAAUGGACAAAAGGUUGUAAAGGUACAAAUUCGAGAAGACAUUACUAAGGAAGAUCCUUCAUCACUCUUGGCCUCCAAACAAAUUUUAAGAUCUGAGUCUCCAGUGAGUCAUAUGGUAAAACCAUUUAUAAAACCACCCUCAACAAAAGCUGAAAUAAAAACUAAAACCAUCACUUUUCCUGAAACAGAACCUGGUGAAACCUCAGAAAGUUAUCUAGAACUUGAAAAUCAUGGUGAUGAAGAAGUAAAGUGGAAUUUAUCAUCUUUUGUGCCACCUUAUGUCAAGGAUGUUGAUGAGAGUGGAGAUGUCUUUAGAGCUGCUUACACAGCUUUCAGAUGUUCUCGUAUUUCCGGUACAUUAGAAGGUCACGGAAAACAAAAGGUUGCCAUCACUUUUUUACCAAGACAUAGAGGGAAUUAUGCUCAGUUUUGGGAUGCUGAGUGUUAUCCAAGUGCAGCACCUCACAUGAAACAUACACUAAGAUUUCAGCUAUGUGGACUAAGUAUUAGUCCAGAAAAUAUAUCUGAAAGAAUUUCCACAAAUGCUCUUGUAAAAACAGAUAAUCUAGCUAGGUCCAGAAGACGAGGUGGCGCUGAGGCUUCUGUUCCUACUACUCGGCAAAUUGACUUGACUCAGCGAGGAGUUUAUGCCCCACAAGAUAUUUACAUAUUUCUUCCAGCUAGAGUUGGAGAAACAAGAACUAUAAAAGUCAAUUUAAAGAAUAAUUCUUUCUCUACUCAUUUGCUGAAAUUUUUAAGUCCCAGAGAGCCUUUCUACAUCAAGCAUUCAAAAUAUUCUUUGAGAGCUCAGCAUUAUGUCAACAUGCCAGUCCAAUUCAAACCAAAGUCAGCAGGAAAAUUCGAAGGUCUCUUAGUGAUUCAAACAGAUGAAGGCAAAAGUGUUGGUAUUCGACUGGUUGGUGAAGCUCUUGAAAACGUUUAACUGGAAAGCAGCUUGUGUAAAAUAAAUUGUUAUAAUAGCUUCCUCUUUUUUCUAUGCCAAAAUAAUGCUUUUGUAAAUGUUUUGUAUUAUAAAUUGAGCUAUGUUUAACAAUUCUGUUUCUGCUCUAAUAUUGAAGACUACUGAAAUAUCAUGUUUCUCUUACAUUAUUGCACGUAUUUUUACAAAGGAGGAAAAUGUUCUAUUUUUACAUGAUUAUUAUUUGCCAAUAAAGAUGUAUUUAUUUUAAUGCACUGUAUUCAGAAGUAAACAGUUUUUAGUGAGCUUGGCUGCAAAGGUCAAUUACUGUGUUGCUAUGUAUUGCACCUUAAUUUUGUUAAAUCCCUGAACCUUUUUUUUUCUUGCUCUUUAACAUAGUCUUCCC